ACGGUUUAGUGGUGAACCGGAUUGCUCAUCCCUGUAUAUAUACGCAUGCACAGUGCUAGGGAUUGGAAAUCCAGUUGAAAAAUUCCUGAAUUAAGAAUACCAGUUCAAUUGCUCGAAAGAUUACUCUCCUCUUCAUCAGGACUGAUGCCAAGCUGGACCAGAGAUAUUGUGGCUGAGAUCUGCUGAUUACAAGUUUCACAGACCAUUUAUAUCAAGUUUACAUUUUGACUUUUGAGCAUAGUUUGUAACAAGAUACAAUUCCAGAUUGAAAAAUUGUCCUGUAAUUUUGUAAAUAACGCAACAUUCUGGUAUUAGUAUAUUGAUUUCAUCAACUUUGGCUGCCAUUUGAUGUUCUGAAUUGAAUUGAGACUUGUUUUGCAUUUCUCCUCUUGUUUCCUCCUUUAAAUAUAUAAUUGCACUUUGUGGGGAAUUUGUAGAUUUCAGUCGGUUAUAUUUGGGGAAAGAGAAAGACUUGAACUUUUUGAUUCUGGUUGCUUGAUCACCUGAAUUCUGGGAAACUCUGCCUGCGCUGUCAACAUGGAGAGCUUAGCACAACUGGAAGCGUUGUGCGAAAGGCUUUACAAUUCACAGGACUCUGCUGAACGAGCUAGUGCAGAAAAUACUUUGAAAUGCUUUUCAGUGAACACUGAUUACAUUUCGCAAUGUCAAUACAUUCUGGACAAUGCUUUGACUCCAUAUGCUUUGAUGCUGGCUAGUUCAAGCUUGUUGAAGCAAGUGACAGAGCAGCGCCUCCCUUUGCAGCUACGACUUGAUAUUCGAAACUAUCUCACAAACUAUCUGGCCACCAGAGGACCUGACUUGGAGCCUUUUGUAAUUGGAUCCUUAAUUCAACUCUUUUGUCGAGUUAUAAAGUUUGGGUGGUUUGAUGAUGACAGCUUCAGGGAGGUGGUCAAAGAGUCAAUGAACUUCUUGAAUCAGCAGGCAACAUUUCACUAUGCCAUUGGCUUGAAGAUUUUAAAUCAGCUCAUUAGUGAAAUGAAUCAGCCAAAUCCAGGAUUACCUUCUACCCAUCAUCGCAGGGUGGCUUGCUCCUUCAGGGAUCAAUCACUUCUCCAAAUAUUCCGAAUAUCUCUGACUUCACUGUGUCAACUUAAAAAUGAUGUUGGAAGCAAGUUACAAGAACUGGCUCUUUCAUUAUCCCUCAAAUGUUUAUCAUUUGAUUUUGUGGGGACAUCAUUUGAUGAAAGUUCAGAUGAUUUUGGCUCUGUUCAGAUUCCAUCUUCCUGGAAGCCAGUUAUUGAAGAUCCGUCGACACUGCAGAUCUUUUUCGAUUACUAUGCUAUCACUAAACCCCUUCUAUCUAGGGAGGCUUUGGAGUGCUUGGUACGGCUGGCUUCUGUGAGAAGAUCACUGUUCACAAAUGAUACAACGCGCCUUAAAUAUUUAGCUCACUUAAUGACAGGAACUAAAGAAAUUAUGGAAACGGGGAAAGGUCUUGCUGAUCAUGAUAAUUAUCACGAGUUUUGCCGUCUUCUUGGGCGCUUUAAAGUGAAUUACCAGUUGUCAGAGCUUGUCAACAUGGAGGGCUACAGUAGUUGGAUAAGCUUAGUAACGGAGUUCACAUUGAAGUCUCUACAGUCAUGGCAGUGGGCAAGCAGUAGUGUCUACUACCUUCUUGGGCUAUGGUCUAGAUUGGUGACUUCUGUACCAUAUUUGAAGGGCAAUGCACCAAACCUACUAAACGAAUUUGUGCCUAAGAUCAUAGAACAUUUUAUCUCAUCAAAAUUUGAUUCUAUUCAGGCUGGAUUAUCGGAUGAUCUCUCAGAGGACCCACUUGACAAUGUUGAACUUCUUCAGGAUCAGCUUGAAUGCAUUCCUUACCUUUGCAGAUUUCAGUAUGAGAUCUGUAGCACAUAUAUAAUGCAGAUUACUGAUCCUAUUUUGCAAAUGUAUAUGGAAGCAGUCAACCUCCCAGCCCUCUCAGAUAAUAGUGAACUUCUUGUUAUUGAAGCCAAACUUUCUUGGAUAGUGCAUAUAAUUGCAGCUAUUCUUAAGACAAAGCAAUUUAGUGGUGUAAGUGCGGAAUCAUAUGAAAUACGUGAUGCAGAACUUUCAGCACGUGUGUUGCGCUUGAUAAAUGUGACUGAUAGUGGAUUACAUAGUCAGAGAUAUGGCGAAGUAACCAAGCAAAGACUUGAUCUUGCUGUUCUGGUCUUCUUUCAACAUUUUAGAAAGUCUUAUGUGGGAGAUCAAGCAAUGCAUUCUUCUAAGCAGUUAUAUACCCGAUUAUCUGAGCUUCUUGGACUUCAUGAUCAUCUGCUCAUAUUGAAUGUUAUUGUUGGAAAGAUUGCUACAAACCUGAAGUGCUAUGCGGAGAGUGAAGAGGUAAUCAAUCACACUUUAAGUCUCUUUUCGGAAAUGGCAACUGGAUACAUGACGGGAAAGCUGCUUUUGAAGUUGGAUACUAUUCAGUACAUUAUUUCACAUCAUAAUAGGGAGCACUUCCAUUUUUUAGAGAAUUACAGUUGUUCUCGUUGCAGAACAACCUUCUAUUACACUAUUGGCUUGUUGAUCUUCAUGGAAGAUAACCUCUUGAAAUUUAAAUCUUCAAUGGAUCCUCUUCUGCAGGUUUUUGUCAGUUUGGAAUCAAUGCCUGAUGCAAUAUUUCGCACGGACGCUGUUAAAUAUGCAUUAAUAGGAUUGAUGCGGGAUCUCAGAGGAAUCACAAUGGCCACAAAUAGUCGCCGAACAUAUGGUUUCCUCUUCGAUUGGCUGUAUCCAGCUCGCAUGCCGCUUCUUCUGAAAGCAAUCACACAUUGGACUGAUACACCAGAGGUAACAACUCCACUUUUGAAAUUCAUGGCAGAGUUCGUUUUGAACAAGUCCCAACGAUUGACUUUUGAUUCGUCAUCUCCUAAUGGCAUAUUGCUUUUCCGAGAAGUCAGCAAAUUAAUAGUAGCAUAUGGGUCAAGAAUUUUGUCUCUUCCCAAUCGGGCAGAUAUGUACACAUUCAAGUACAAGGGAAUAUGGAUUUUGUUGUCUAUCCUUUCAAGAGCACUUGCCGGUAAUUAUGUCAACUUUGGUGUGUUUGAGCUGUAUGGUGAUAGAGCACUUUCAGAUGCUCUUGAUAUUGCCUUGAAGCUGAUAUUAUCAAUUCCUUUGGUGGAUAUACUGGCAUAUCGGAAGGUACAAUUUUGGGGUGCAAGUGUAUGUGUAAAACUGUUGAUUUUGGAAUUCUAGUUGGAUAUGUUUCUAAUAACUUAACUUAA